AUGUCUCUCUCCAUCAUUUGCACCGCAACAACCACAACCCCACCAUCGAUCCCCCUCGAGGGCGGCGCAUUUGACGCUUCCAACGAUGAGGGGUUCGGCCGCUCGGUCGCCCGCCCGUCUCAACUAUGCCAACUUCUCAAUGCGACACCGACGCCCUUCCUAUUGACACAAAAAGGACCCGGCGAGAAGGCAGGAACGACGGAGUCACACCGUCAAGGCCACAUCACAUCUCCCGGGGCGCCGGGUUGCUUAUUUCAAGGCAUCUACACCGGAGACAGGCGGAGACCGGACACCUCCAUGUCCGCUUCCCCCCACCACUCCCCCAUCAACAUUUGGUUUCCUAUAUCACUACUGUUUUCCCCAGCUUUCUUAAACGAAGUCAUUCUCGUCUUCAUUGAACACUUUUCAACCCAAUUUCAAGAGAUUUCUUCUGAAUCAAACAUCGCAGCCAUGGCCCCCAAGAACCGCGUCAUUAUCGAUUCCGACCCAGGCAUUGACGAUGUCAUGGCCAUGCUCCUGGCCCUUUCGGCCUCCCCUGAGGAGCUCGAGGUCAUGAUGAUCUCAGUUACCUACGGCAACGUGCCUCUCCAGAGCUGCCUGAAGAACGUCGUUGCCCUCUUCCACGUCUUGGAAAAGGAGAUUGCAUGGCGCAAGGAGAAUGGAAAGCCCGAGGGCUUCGAGUCCCUCAAGGCCUACAAGCCCAUCGUAUCAGUCGGUGCCGAGCACGCUCUGGAAGACGACGAGCUGGCCGCCGACUACUUCCACGGACUCGACGGCCUUCACGGCGUCCACGAGAAGCACCCCCACCUCUCCCCGGACGACCGCUGGCAGUCCCUCUUCCACACCGAGAAGAACGUGGACCACGACCCCUCGCCCUUUAACCAGUACUUCACCCCGGCCAAGCAGGUCGCCCACAAGGAGAUCCUGCGCAUCCUCAAGGAGAACGAGCCCAACACCAUCUCCAUCUGCGUCGUCGGCCCCAUGACCAACGUCGCCCUCGCCGCCGCCGAGGACCCGGAAACCUUCCUCCGCGUCAAGGAGCUCUGCGUCAUGGGCGGCGCCGUCCACGUCGAGGGCAACAUCACCCCGCACGGCGAGUUCAACACCGUCGCCGACGCCGUCGCCGCCGCGCGCGUCUUCGCCCUGACCUCCCCGACCCCGCGCUCCACUAUGCCGCCCAUCUCGGACAAGAAGUCGUCCCUGCCCCCUUACCCGGCCAGGCUGUCCAAGAAGCUCAAGCUGACGCUGUUUCCCCUCGACAUCACGACUCCGCACCUGCUCCGCAAGAACUACUUCACCGAGACCAUCAAGCCCAUUGUGGCGUCCGGAAGCCCCCUCGGCCAGUGGGUCAACCACUUCAUGUCAAAGUGCUUUGACAAGAUCAUCGAGAUGGAGGGCGACGGACAGGAGCCCGGUCUCUCCUUGCACGACCCCUUGACGGUCUGGUACCUUCUGACGCAGUCCGACCCCAAGUGGAAGGCCACCGCGGAGCCGGAGGACAUCCGCAUCGAGACCACGGGCCAGUGGACGCGCGGUAUGCACGUCAUUGACCGGAGACUCCGCGUCAAGUACAACGAGGCCGCCCUCGAGGCCAGCGAGACGGGCGAUGCCGUCGACGUCCUGACCCUGGCCGAGGUCCCCGGCGACACUGGCGGCUGGCUCAGCACCAGCAGGGGCAACAGGGUCAACAGGAUGGUUGAGUCCCCCGGCGAGGACUUGUUUGCCCCAGACCUGAUGAAGAGAGUUUUCGGAUAA